AUGCGUUCAUUAACUGCUGUACGUGGGGUGGGUCCCUUGCCUGAGCUAGGAUUAACAUCUGGUAUACAAGGUGACGAAAAUCCCGAUGUGGAUAUGGCUGGCGCGCAGGACACCAUUUACCUGUGCAAUUUUCGCGUAUCAGUCGACGGAGAGUGGCUCUGUUUGAAAGAAUUACAUGAUAUGGAGAUGCAGGAUUCUUACACGCGUCAGUCUGAUAGCGGCGCAAUAACAUCACCAGACGAUCCAAUGCACUCUCUUAUGGCUCGAGAUCCCGUAGUGAUAGAGCGCAGCAAUCUCGUAAACAUCUCAAAAUUGAUCGUGAAGGAGUUGAUUGAGCAAUCGCUUCGUUAUGGCCGGAUGCUCGACAGCGACCAUUUGCCGUUGCAUCAUUUCUUCAUUGUUCUUGAGCAUGUCAUGCGUCAUGGACUUAAACCUAAAAAGGGUCUACUUGGCCCCAAAAAGGAACUGUGGGAUAUUCUACAAAUGGUCGAAAAAUAUUCGCCUGAAGCAGCUGAUAUAACAGCAAGUAUUAGAGACUUGCCGACUGUCAAGACGGCUAUGGGACGUGCUCGGGCUUGGCUAAGAUUAGCACUCAUGCAAAAGAGACUUGCAGACUACCUCAGAAUUUUAUUAGAACAUCGUGAAGAGACUUUAGAGGAGUAUUUUGAACCGCACGCCUUAAUGUUAAAUGAGGAAGCCGUGAUUAUUACUGGAUUGCUUGUUGGCCUCAAUGUCGUUGACUGUAAUUUGUGUGUUAAGGAAGAAGAUUUGGACAGUCAACAGGGUGUGAUAGAUUUUUCUCUGUAUCUCCGUGGAAGCAACUCGUCUAAUGACUUAGCCGGAAAUGGCAACGGAAACAACGAACCCAAACAACGUCACAUCAACACUAUGUUGGACCAAAAGAACUAUAUCGAAGAACUGAACAGACAUCUCAAUGCCACUGUAGCUAAUUUGCAGUCCAAAGUGGAAAGUUUGACCACAACAAACGCUUUAAUGAAAGAGGACUUGGCAAUCGCUAAAAACACCAUGAUUCAACUCGUCGAAGAAAACAACCAAUUGAAACAUGCUUUGGGUCAGGAUAUAACUAAAGAUAGGAUGAAAGUUGUGGAAAUGCAGGCUGAAGAUGAGGAAAAAAGAAGCGUUAAAAGUAAUGCAUCAGACAAACACAAAAAUGAAAAGGAUAGUGAAUUGGGUAAGAUUUUGGAAGAAGAAAAGAAGAAGAAUAUGGAGUUGCAAAAAGAAAUUGAUUUGCAGAUAUCUUUAAAAGCUGAAAUGGAGGUCGCAAUGAAAUUACUAGAGAAAGAUAUCCACGACAAGCAAGACACCAUCAUAUCGUUAAGGCGACAGUUGGAUGACAUAAAACUGAUCAACUUGGAAAUGUACAAAAAGUUGCAGGAAUGUGAAAUGGAACUGACGCAGAAAGGCGAAAUGGUAUCCAGGCUUCAAGGGAAAGCUGAACAAAUUGGCAAAAUUCUACACAACCUCGAAAAAUAUAACCACUUCCUAGGACCGGACCAUGAUUUAGUCAAAGCUCUCAAAUCACCCACUAACGAUAAUAUAGAAAUGCUUAAAGCACAAAGUAGCCUGAAGGGUACAAAAUCGAAAGAUGACGGUCCGCCCAACAAAAAACUUAAUUUACAGGAAAUACCACCUUUCCGCAAGACCAAUAGUACUGAAAAAUCCAUUAGCCAUGAAUGUGAAAGUUCCUUGAAACAUAAAACAGAGUUAAUAGCAAAAUUGGAAGCAAAGACUGAGUCAAUGGGCAGCACGAUACAUCAGCUCGAUGAAAAGUUACAGGAAGAUAAAGCGGCUAGAAAGGGCUUAGAAGAAAGUUCAAGGUGUCUUGGACAGAAGGCCGCUGCCGCUGAAACUAGGGCAGUCGCAGCUGAAGGCGAUCUCAGGAUUGAAAGAGAAUGGCGAAUAUCUUUACAGGAAUCAAUGAUGCGAGACCGAGAUAAAAUAUCGAUUCUAACCCAAGAAGUGGAAUCUCUUAAAUCUAUAGGACAGAAAUAUAUGGCAUUACAAGAAGAACAACAUCAGCUAAAAGUACAAUAUAGCGAAGCUCAAAAAACUCUUGAAGAAGUUGGAGCAACGUUAAGUGAAAAUAAAUUACAAUUAGCAGAAAUGCUAGAAAGGGAAGCUAGGACGUCCGAGGAAACACCCAAUUGGACAAGUGAUAAAGACGCUGUCGCUUGUUUUGCUUGUGCAAAAGAUUUUACUAUUGCAAGGAGAAAGCAUCAUUGUCGAAGGUGUGGUCAUAUCUUCUGUGGGGCGUGUAGUGAAAAAACAGUGGCAUUAGCUGCCAGCACUAAACCUGUGAGAGUUUGCGACAACUGCUUCAACGACGUGAGACUCACU